AUGAAUGCAGAAGCAGCGUUCAUGCGCCCCAACACGACCGGCUCUGACGACGAGCCCGAGUCGGAUGUCGAGACAAUCACCGCCGGCAGGACCUCGUUUGAGGUAACCCAGGAUGAUCAUGAAGUAUUGCAAGAGGAUGAGGAAAGGGAGAAGCUGCUAAUGGGAGAUGCGGAUCAAGAAGGUCUCCGAAGGAUAUUCGUGGGCAACAACGGCAAAGAGGAUGCCAGGGCAGGUCAUCGAAGAGGGAUGAAGCAGAAGAAGUCGGGAAAGAGCGACCGCAAGCGGAGGCGUCGCAGAAGGGAUAGUGCCUCCGUGUACGCGAUGGAGGAAGGUGGGCAGUCAUCCAGUUCUCUGUCAUCAACAUCGUCGUCCGAAUCGGAUCAGCAGAGACUUGGAAAUUUCCAGGCAAAGCGAUUACGCCCAUACAAUCGAGUCUUGUUACACAUAUCAAUCCUCUCGCUCUUCCUCGUUCUCCUAUAUGCGGCCUAUAGGGCUUCGAGCAAGCCUGCAUGGAAAGAAGGCACAGCUCUGUUCAACAACGGCACGUCGCGAUUCGCAGCUACGACAAUACUCGUCUCCCUCGAUGGCUUUCGAGCAGACUUCCUGCAGCGGGGCAUUACGCCUACUCUCAACUCCUUCAUCCAGAACGGCAUCUCGCCCCCAUGGAUGCUGCCAAGCUUCCCGAGUGUUACCUUUCCGAAUCACUACACAAUGGUCACAGGGUUAUACCCCGAGAGUCAUGGUAUUGUAGGCAACACGUUUUGGGAUCCUGCUAUGCAGGAAGAGUUCUCGAGGAGCAUGCAAGCCAAGUGGUGGGGCGGCGAGCCUCUCUGGAUAACUGCUGAAAAUCAAGGCGUGCGAACCGCCGUCCAUAUGUGGCCAGGUUCCGAAGCCCAUAUAGGAGAUAUCGAACCAGCUCAUCUCGACAAGUACAAUGGAUCCGAACCGCUCUCUUCUAAAGUAGAUCGUAUCAUGCAGCUGCUGGACCUUCCUGGACCGGAAAGCCCGUCCGCUUUAGCUGAUCAGCCUAGGCCCCAGCUGAUUCUUACUUACGUCCCAGUGGUAGACACUGAUGGGCACAAUUACGGACCCAACAGCACGGAGAUUCGACGGACGAUACAGCAGGUAGACACGAUGGUCGGCGACAUAUUCGAAGGCCUACAGCAACGUAAUCUCACUGAAACCGUCAACGUUGUUGUUGUCAGUGACCAUGGCAUGGCCACUACUUCCGUUGACCGCCUCAUCCAACUGGAAGACCUCGUCGAUGUCAACCGCGUCGAGCAUAUCGACGGCUGGCCCUUGUUCGGUUUGCGACCAAAGGACCCCAACGAUCUGCAGCCCUUAUACGAAGAGCUUCAAUCAAAGGCCAAGGACAACCCAAACAUCGACGUAUACCUACGUGAUGUCGACAUGCCUGCACGCUACCACUUCUCCAACAACGACCGCAUUGCACCUCUAUGGAUCGUUCCCAAAGCAGGCUGGGCUAUCGCUACCAAAGAAGAGUUCGACCUUGAAGCAGGGCUUCGCAACGGUGAAGUAUACCAUCCGCGCGGUUUACACGGAUACGACCAUGAGCAUCCACUUAUGAGAGCAAUCUUCGUUGCUAGAGGACCUGCAUUUCCUCAUAAACCUGGCAGCCGAGUUGACGUCUUUCAAAAUACCGAGAUCUACAACAUCGUAUGCGACUCCGUUGGCCUGACACCUAAGGCAAAUAACGGCACGCUGAGAUUACCGCUGAAGCCGGUCGGCUUGCAUUCCGACGAAGACGCUCCUGUGUUGGACGUACCCUCGGAUCCUCCCGAAACCACCAUCAGUGAUGCUGUCUCCCCUUCUUCUGCGACUUUCUCUCUGGCGCCGCCUGCUAUCGAAGCAAGCGCUACCGAACCAGUGCCGAUCAGACCUACAGUAGACCACAACGAUGAAAAGGAGCCCACGCCUACCAACAAUCAAGACGAAGACCGUGACUGGUGGCAGUGGGUGAAAGACAAAUUUGAUGGCGCAAAGGCAUGGGCAGAGGAUCACUUUGGUAAUAAUAGCAAUCGGACGUCCGCUUGA